AUGGCGGCCUCCACAAGUGCUGCGGAGGCUUUAGCCUCUGAUUCUAAAAGUUCUCCACCAGAUUUAAGCAUGGAAAGCCCAUCGAUUCAGUAUAGUAUGGUAUUGGCACAUCUGAUUGGGGACAAGAGGGCCGUAAAGGAUUUGCAUCCCGGGGUCAUGGGGGGGCUGCCAGUGCCCCCUAAAAGCGAAGAGCAGAAGAGGAUAGAAAGGGCGAUGGAGAGCUGCGCCUUCAAGUCUCUUUUGGCGUGUGUUGGAGGGUUUGUCCUCGGAGGAGCAUUUGGUGUAUUCACCGCAGGCAUUGACACCAACGUUGGCUUCGAUCCCAAGGACCCUUUGAGGACUCCCACAGCACGAGAAGUCCUCAAAGACAUGGGCCAGAGGGGCAUGUCUUACGCUAAGAACUUUGCCAUCGUAGGCGCCAUGUUCUCCUGUACAGAGUGCAUCAUAGAAUCGCAUAGGGGCAAAUCAGACUGGAAGAAUGCAGUAUACAGUGGCUGUAUAACUGGAGGAGCAAUUGGGUUUCGUGCUGGUCUGAAGGCCGGGGUCCUAGGAUGUGGAGGCUUUGCCGCUUUUUCUGCAGCCAUUGAGUAUUAUCUGCGGUAA